AUGAAGCUUUCGACGGCCUUUAUUUCGGCCGCAUUUGCAGAUCCACAAUCCGCAGCAGAAAGACUUACCGAAGUCGGCUCCCGUGCAAACAAUCUCCUUUCCCUCGUCGAGCAGAAUGGCAGCCAAGGCCAAUUCAACAAAGUCAAAAAAUGGGUCAACCGAUUCGCCAAAGGACUCGCCGAUAUCAACACUUCUGCAUGCUCGCUUCCCGCCGAAGCCGCUGUUGACCGAGCAAUGGGCGGGCUCUGCCAGGAAGUCGACAGUGUUGCAGCGAUGAUUAGAAGCUACGCGCGGGAUUAUGGCUGCACUGCGGGCUACCCAAAUAAGCGCUUAAUGCAGAAGCUAGGACCACAGACUCGAAAGCUUAUGCGCGUGGCUGACCACGCUGGAAAGUGCAGCGGAAUUAGAAAAAGGACCUUUCGCAGUACAAGAGCUACAGUAGCAUCAUCACAUCGAAACAAAUUAGAAGCGAUCCAAUUGAAUGAAGGAAGCAAUCCCACGGUAAUGAUCGUCUGCGGAAUGCGCGCAAACGAUUUCGAAAGCGCGAAAACUUGCGCGGACUUGGCCGAAAACAACAACUUCGCAGAGGAUUUUCCUGGAAUGAACUUCAUCAUAGCUCCAGUGGCAAAUCCAUCCGGCUACGACUACGCCCUGAAUAAUGACCGAUACUGGACAAAAACGAGGGAAGCGAACUCAGUUUGUGUUGGUACCGAUUUGACGCGAAAUUUCGACGUCAACUUUGAAGUCAGCGACGAUCCAUGCUCAAACGAGUACUCUGGCGCUUCAUCUCUUUCGACUUGGGAAGCUAGCGCACUAAACGACUUCAUCUCUUCCCAAGAAAACCUCGAAGCCCUCCUUGUCGUUGAAACCAAAGCUGAUGAAUUCAACGUGGUGACUCCAACGAAACAAGACUCAAAUGCCUUAAGAAAACUCCUCCCGCGUGUUUUCAAAUCGAGCGAGCCGUUCAAGACAACUCGACCGCAAGAAUCUCGAAGCGGCUUCUUAGAAGAUUCCUUCGUCGGCCAAGUCGAACAAGUUGCUACUGUUCAACUUGAACAUCGAGCUGAUUCUAACUUGGAAAAUUUGCAAUCGCUUGUUGCAAGUUUCGCUGAGGAUAUCACAAAGAAGAACUCACACGCGCCUGCGUUUAUUGACAGCAUCAUGUGGGCCGAAGACAACGUUUUUCUUACAACUUGA